AUGGCGUCUACGCAGCAAGCUCGUACCAUCGUUGUCCUUGGGGCCACCGGGAACCAAGGUAGAGGAGUAGUCAGGGCUCUACUCCAAAAGACUUCUCCAGCAUUCGAUGUCCGGGCGGUGACACGAGAUAUCGAGGGCUCGAGCGCGAAACGAUUGGUGACCGAGUUUGGAUCAACAGAUCGACUGCGUCUCGUCAAAGGAGAUGUAUACGACGCCCAGAGCUUACACUCAGCAUUCAAAGAUGCCUACGGCGUCUUUGCCGUUACCCAGAACCGAAUUGCGGGCGGAACCGUCGAUACUGAAGACGACAUGAAGCAUGAGCUUCAGGCAGGCAAAAACAUUGUCGAUGCAGCAGAAAUUUGCAAGAUACAGCAUUUUGUAGUGAGCAGCCUACCAAACUUGACCAAAGCUAGUGGUGGACGCUUUACCAAGGUCUAUCACUUUGACUACAAGCACCAGAUCGAGCAGUGGGCUCGGCAGCGUUUACCCGCCGUCACUGCUCUACUUCCCGAAGAUGGGACUGUGCGAUUUUGUGCCCCCGUUCCCGGCCAUACACUUGCGGAUUGGGUCGAUCCAGCAUAUGAUAUUGGGGUCUUCGCAGCAGAGGUAUUCGCAGCUGGACCGGAAAAAACCAAGUCAAAAACAUAUCCCGUUGUGAGCCCCAAGGUCCAGUUUUCUGACUUUUCCGACAUCUUCACAAAGACAACCUCGACACCAUCUUCCUUCAAAUCGACAACCAUUGACCAAUGGGGAGACACAGUUGCCGCGACUGUGGGUGAAGGGUAUAGAGAGGACAUCAAGCAGAUGAUGCAGUGGAUCGCCGAGACACCAGAGGAAAAGAUUUGCUAUGGAACCAUGGAUCCCGAGGAGGAUACUUCCUGGCAAGAUCUUGGGGUUAGGGCGAGCACGUUUGAAGAAUGGCUGGCAAGAACCAACUGGAAAGGGCCAGAGUGA